CCGAGUCGUCUUCCUCGCAGAGUCGCAGCCAAUUUGCAGACUCGCAAAAUUUCUUCCGGUUCAGAAGUGUCCAGCUCUGGCGCGCCUUGCUCCGCCUCGCUCCGCCUGGCCAAGCCUUGCAACGCCUCCUCACGCCUUCCCCGCGCUAAACGUGCAACUCUCGAAACAGCCGACCGCCUCGGGCGAUUUCCUGCCGCCUCGCUCCGACACGCGCGAAGGCAUGCCUUUGAAAACACUGGUUAAUAGUAGAAAUUAAAAGUUCAGGAAAUGAAAUGUUUGAGGGGAAUAUUCAGGCUAUUGUAUGAGGUUUUGUCUUCUAGUUAUUAAAGAUGGACCUUCAGAUAUGCACAGAGUUAGAUGAUCCACUGCAGAUGCUUCCACCUCCAUCUGGAACUUUCGUGGAUCGUGACGAACUCAUUCAACAUGUUGGGGACUUCGCUGUAUCACAGGGAUAUGUUGUAACUAUCAAGCAGUCUAAGAGGGAUAGAGUAGUUAUCCUUGGCUGUGACAGAGGAGGUGUUUAUCGUAACAGGCAGAAACAUAUUGAUGAGUCCUCCAGUGAACAUAGCCGCAGGAAAAAAACAGGUUCUCGGCUGACAAAUUGUCCUUUUGAGGCUGUAGGUAAAAAGGAUGAUGGCUUGUGGGUACUUACCAUAAAAAAUGGAACACACAACCAUGAACCCUUGAAGGACAUUUCAGAACAUCCCUCUGCUCGUCGUUUCUCUGAGAGAGAAGUUUUACUAAUUAAAGAGAUGACAGAAUCUGGAUUAAAACCUCGCCAAAUUCUAAAGAGAUUAAGACAAAGCAAUCCGGAUCUUUUAUCAACUCCGAAGCAUGUUUAUAAUGUUAAAGCAAAGCUUCGACAAGGAAACGUGGCAGUUAGAAACUUCAAGUCUUUGAGCACGCAGAAAUCUUUUGUAAGAAACAAUUACUCUGCGGUUACGGAACCAUCUUGGAGGCAGUGCAACCCCCAGAGAGUUCCCAAUCUCAUAGGAGGCAGAUUUGUUGAUUCACAGUCAUUUACCUCCAUCGAUGUUCUAAACCCUGCAACGCAGCAAGUUGUCUCACAAGUUCCUUUAACAACAAAUGAGGAGUUCAAAGCUGCAGUGUUUUCAGCAAAACGUGCUUUUCCAUUGUGGCGAAAUACUCCUAUUACUACUCGUCAGCGCAUUAUGUUUAAGUUCCAAGAGCUAAUUCGGAGAGACAUUGAUAAGCUUGCUAUGUGCAUUACAAGUGAACAUGGAAAAGCAUUGAAGGAUGCAUACGGUGAUGUCUUACGCGGGCUAGAGGUGGUGGAACAUGCUUGUGGACUGGCAACGCUGCAGAUGGGGGAAUUUGUUUCCAAUGUAACCAAUGGAGUUGAUAGCUAUAGCAUUAGAGAGCCACUCGGUGUUUGUGCUGGGAUUUGCCCUUUUGACUUUCCAGCCAUGAUUCCCUUAUGGAUGUUCCCUAUCGCAGUCACAUGUGGCAAUACAUUUAUUCUAAAGCCAUCAGAGAAGGAUCCAGGGGCUUCUGUGAUGCUUGCAGAAUUAGCUACUGAGGCUGGUUUACCUAAUGGUGUGCUAAAUAUUGUCCAUGGCACUGAUGAUAUUCUCAAUGCUAUUUCUGAUGAUGAUGAUAUUAAAGCUAUCUCAUUUGUCGGACCAAAUGCAGCUGGUGCUUACAUAUAUUCACGAGCAUUGGCUACAGGGAAACGCAUUCAGUCCAAUGUUGGGGCCAAAAAUCAUGCAGUUGUUCUGCCUGAUGCAAGCAUGGAUGCUACUUUGAAUGCUCUAGUUGCUGCUGGUUUUGGUGCUGCGGGACAAAAGUGUAUGGCACUCAGUACAGUUGUUUUUGUUGGAGGCAUAAGUCUAUGAUUCAAGGUGUUUGCAUGCCCAUGAAAUGAUAAAAUCAGCAAGACUGAGCAUUUCUGUAGAAGAACCUUAUCUGGAUCAGGAUUCUGGUAGUGAGUGGAUGUUGCUUCAAUAUUGUCAUCGUUUUUGCUUUUUUAGAGAUGUUAUGAUUCUAUUAAGAAGUGUAUGAUUGAUCAUAUGAAGUAG